GACGAAAGGAUGUAAAAAUUCUCUGUACAUACCACUGCUGAAUACAUGCAUAUACGGGAAUACGCACAACAAGAGCAACAACACCGGGGAAAAGCAGCAGCAUUCAUAAAAAUCGAUAAAGCAUUAAACUGAACUGAACAUGGCCAAGGGACACGAGUACAACGAGCUGCGCGAUUUGUUGCGGUCUUGGAAUGUCAGCGAACUGUUGCCUCAUUUCCAAGACCAAGCCAUCAACGUCGAGGAGCUGCAAAUGAUAAGGCGUUAUCAUCUGCCGGAGAUUCUGCACAACUUCAGUUACGGAACUCGCAUACGCUUCGAGCACCACUUGGAGCGUUGGCGACGCUGGCAGAAUAUACCGUUACUCGGCUCACAGCAGCCGACGCACUGCCGCGGCUGUCGUUGCAGCGACUCCCCGCCCUGUCCCCCCAUCUCCAGGCAUCCAAGUGAAAUCAAUGUGCAGACCCAGCCGUUGGAUAUGAUGGACGAUAAGUGCAACGAGCUGAUGACCGAGCCAAUUGUGGGUCUCAACGAAAUGGACAGCACUGUGCCCCUUCCACUGUCCAUGCCCAUGCCGCUGGGCGGGCCCAGUGACCUGGUCCAAACCCACGUGGGGGCGGGAGCCGAGGAAGUAGUUAAGACCAGCAGCGCGGAAAACAACGUCUCCGUGCUGAGCAUUCUGCAGGCGAGCGGGAGCAAAGGUCAGUCGUUGCUGGAUCUGCGCGGACAACGCGAGGAGCUGCAGCAGUGCCAGCGCCUGCUGCUCAUACAGCUUAUUUGCGCCUACUACGGGGACAACGACCGCCAUCUGACACUGCAGCGCAGCCACCUGCUGGAACGUGAAAUCCUGCAGCUCUUUCCGGGCGAGCAAUUGUGCUAUUACCGGACCGAGCGUCGCGGCAAGAUCUAUGUCAAGUUUACGAACAUGAAGCGGUUCAGGCGGGAGCGCGAACCGAAGCGGCGGGCCGAGGAAUCGAUGACAACGAGCGUUCCCACCCAGCACCCCAAAAUCGAGGUGUCCUACUCCAGCGAUCAACUGAGCAACUCCUGACGUAGAACCGUUAAACAAGAGAUUAUAACUUAACACAGUUCCGACUGUGGAAUAAUUUCUUGGUAGACGUACGUACUAUCUAAAGGUCAUGGUCAUUCGCAGAUCUGCCCAUGAGAGAACUGAGUGACGUCGACAAUUGGUCGUCUGCACAAAAGGGGGAGAGAGCUCACUGAGUUACAAGUCUUAUCAUUUUGUUCUACCAUGGUAGAUCCUCUUCCCAGAUGGCAUAUCAUUUACUAAUAUUCUGUGAGUGGUAGAUAUACGUACAUAUAUGUACAAUACAGAACGCGGCCAACAUCUUAAUCAUUACUCGUAUCUUUCAUAAAGCAAUGUGGGAAUCUAUGAGAAGAAACAGAGUUUCCUAAUAAGUCUCAUUUUAGAAUCAAUUCGAUGGCAUUUAUAAAACAUAAUCAAACUAGUUUGACUAUUAUGGUUGUUCGCUGCUCAAAACUUCAAUACACUAGGCUAGGACUAUGUUGUUUAUAGAAACAACACGUUGUAAGAUAAUGAGGCAAUAGGAUGUAUGAGUGGUAAAUUGAAUAGUAUUAUUGAUAUACUAUAUAGUGUGGAUAAGAACUGUGUUGUGUCCAUACAAACGGGAAAAAGGCCAAAACACGGCAACUGGUAAUUAAAUGGGGGGAGAGAGAUACAUAAGAUGCAUCUUGUAGAAAAACAUACUUGUAGUUGUGUAAAAAUUCCAGGCGAUAUAUGUACUUAUUUGGCCGCAUUCGUAUUUGAAUUGAUCGUGCUUUGGAAUUUAUAUUCAAAUGUUCUUAAUAGUUUUGUAAAAUAUCCUAAAAAUAUCAUAAGAAUUUAAGAAUAUAAUAAAAAAUAAUAUCAAUAUCAAAUGAUUACACUAUA